AUGGGUAGCAAUGGUAAUGGUAUAUUAGGUGGUCCUAAUCAAAGUAUUAUCGGCGUUAAUCCACAUUAUAGUUUAACAUCACAAUACAGCUCAUUACCACGUAGAUCAACAGCAUUUCAAAGAAAUACUCCAGCAAGACGAUCAACAGGUAUAAUGGAAAAUCAAAUGGAAUAUUUUGUACCAAGAAGUGUUAGUGAAUUUAAUUUAUCUGGUGUCGGUGAUUUAGCAUUACCGCCACCAAGACGUACACCCGGUGGUUUAGCGGGUUUAGAUAUUGGUAUGUCAAAUGCUGUACCAAUAGCACAAACACAAACAAUUUUAUUACCACCAGUUAUUGCUGGUGGUGGUGUCGGUAUCAGUAGUGGUGGUGUUGGAAGUGGCGGUGGUCCUGGACAACAAAUUUUAAUGAAGCCACCACGUGAAAAAAUGGUAACAUUUGAAGAUGAAUCAACUGCCAAGACAUGUCCACAUGGUAUACCAACAACACCAAGAAAGUCAUCUGUUGUUGGCAGUGAUGUUUUUAUGUGACGAGAGGGUGGUAGAUGAGUAAACGAAUUAAAUUUAUUAAUAGUAGAUGAAAAUAAUGGUGUUGGUAUUGAUGGAAUUGUUAUUUCUUCUAAUUUAGUAAAUAAUACAAAUAAUUGUAAUAAUACAGAUAAUGGUAAUAUUGAUACAGAUUUAGAUGAAAUUAAUUGUAAUAUUAGAUUAAAUAGUGAUAAUGAUACUGAUAUUGAUAGAGAUUAUGAUGAUAACGAUAAUAAUGAUACCGAUGAAAAUGAUAAUGAACAGAAAACACAUUGUCCCGGUGAUGUGAUACGUGUUUAAAUGUAUUAUAAUCAAAACGUAUAAUAAUGAACAAAAUUCAAUUAUAACCAGUGUUACAAGGUCUCAAUUGAAGAGACGAAAUCAUUUUGAUUUUACUAAUUCGAAAAUUUAAUAAAUAUUUGAAACUCAUUCGGAUAUUCAGGUAAAUAUCCGGAACUAAUUUUAUAUUCUCGAAACUUUUGAACAAAAUUAGUACUCCCCCCGAGGCAGUAAAUUUUAAUUUUCAAUAACCCUUUAACGCUGGCUGUUAUUGUUUUAGAAUGCGCUGUACUCUAUAUACAUGGUUUGUUUAGUAAACGCCUAAGAUAAAAUAAAACGAAAAUCAAAUAAACUCACAGUAUUUAUCUAUAUAAAAAAAAUAAUAAUGACAAUUUUUGUAUUUAAAAUUCAUAAAACUGAAGAGAAAAUUAUUACUGAACUGUAGAGGAAUCAGAGAACUUUUUUAUUAAAUCAUAGAUAAUAGAUAAAUUUUUUUAUUUAACACAAAGAAAAACACACAAAAAAGAGAAAAACAAAUAUAAUAUAAAAUAUUAAUUAAUAAGUUUCAAACAAAUAUAAAAUUGGCAACAAAUAAAAUUUUUAAUAUGGAAAAAUGCUCAAAAAUUCUAGAAGAUUUAUUCAAAUUAAAUCUAGAAAAUAUUUUAAAAUUAAAAAAAAUGAAAAAAAAUUAAAAAUAAAUAAUAGAUUAAUAACAAAAUUAAGUGUAAAUAAAAUAUGUAAAUUAAAUCUAAUCAGAAAAUAUUGAAAUUUGUAAAUUAUUAUUGCAAAUUAGAAAGAAAUGGAUGAAAGGAAAUGUUACUUUUUGGAUUAAUUGAACAAAUUACAAUUGGUAUUUAUAGAAACAUUAAAGUAGCUGGAUCAAAUAAAAAUAUGCAGUAAUUUGUAAUUUACACAUCCGGUCCAUUUUUCUUGAUUUUUGAAUUUUCGACUCAUUUUGACCUUUUCGUCUAAGAUUCCAUUACAAUUUUAUAGUAUUUUUUGAAAAUUGUUCUAAAAAAAACAGUAUAAAACAUCUAAGAUGACUGCUUUCAACAUUUUAAUUAAUAAAAAUGUAAAAUUAAAUAUACAAAAAGUUAGAAAAUUAUUUUUAAAAGUUAACUAUCACUCACAAAUACGAUUAACUUUACUUGGUUAAUUACUGUACUUUUUUUGAGACUGCCGAAAGUAUUAUGCUUCAAAAAAAAUUCUUAAAAUCCAUUUAAAAAAAUAUUUUUUAAUUAUAACCAAAUAAAAAGCAAUUUUAAUGUUAUCUAUAUCGGAUCAACAUGUAUAUGCACACUAUAAAUACCUACUAUUUCCCAUAAUGCUAAAAUGUUUUUAGUAAAAUUAGGGAAUGAGAAGGUGUACAAUGAAUUUUAACUAAUUUGUUCAAUUCAAAUUCAUCCAUUAAUAAUAACGACUAUUAAAAAAUGUAGGAAAUGUUAUAAUUAAUUUUUCAAUUUGUUAGUUAUUUAUAAAAACUGAAUUUAAUAAAAUAGAAAUUAAAUUUAUUUUUUUUUUCACAUAAAACCCCAAAUCAAUUUAUUUGACUAAUUAAUUUUUUAAAUCGUUUAUUUAAUUAAUUAAUAUUGUCAAUUAACGCAAAAAUCAAUGUUUUAUCACAUUACAAAAUUUUUGAAAUAACUUUAUUAUUUUAAACUUAAUCAAUUAAAAAUAUUUUUAAUUUGAAAAUUUUGUAAUUGUUGUAUGUACAUAUAUAUAUAAAUUUUUGUAUCAGUAAAUUUAAACAAAUUAAAAUUACCAGCUUUAUCACUGAAGGAGCUCAGUGAACUCAAUAACAUUUUAAAUCACAAUCAUUCGCCAAAUCUAAAAUAUUGUUAUUUCAACGAGACAUUAAAAAUAACAAUAUCAUAACUUCAAAAUAGUUUGUUUAACCAAAACAUUUUUGUUAUAUUCGCUAAGCUUGUUGCAAAUAGAGCUUUCAUAUGAUUAAAAACUUAUAUUCCUCAAAAAUGUAAUUCGCUCGGCCGAUUAUAAUAAGUCUAAAUCUGGCAUUAUUUUUAGAAUCAUUACUAUACAUGGCUUAUUCAUUUUCUCCACUAAUCAUAUGAGUUUUCUUUAAAUUUGUAAAAUUAGGCAGUUCAAAUUGGUUUAUAUCAUUUGAAAGUAAUGGUAAAAAUUAGAAAGAAAUCAGAAUAAUUAAUUAUUUUAAUAUUAAUUUAAAUGAUUUCUAUUAAUGGACUCCUGGGAAAUUCUUCUAAAUUUCUCAUUGAUUUAAAUAUGUUAAAAUAUCAUAAUUUUCUCACAGACAAGAAAUAAAA